GUUUUUGCUGCAUCAGCAUCAGUGCCGUGCUCGUCAAAGCAAAAAAGCGUCUGUUUUUUGAAGUGUCCUGCGGAUUGUUCGGGUGCGCAAAAAAGUUCCGUUCCGUUCCCCCUGCUGCUGUUUCCAGAAGACGCCGGCCGGCCGGUACCUACUGCUGAUGCAAUUUAACAAAAUAUCAACACGCGACUUGCAUCUCGGCUCGAAGAAAAAAAAAACUGCGAGGCGGCCAACUACGUGAACGGGAAGGCUGUUGUUAUGGGAAGUCCGAAACACCCCAUCGGUGCUGCAAAAAUUUUCGAAACUAUCCAUAAAACCAUGAAGAUCGGCCGCCAGGUGUCGAUCCACAAGCACCACGAGGACCGGAAGAUGUGCGUCAAAGAGCGCUUCAAUUAUGAACUAGCUGAAACGCGAACGACAUCGGAGAUUCCGGCCAGAAGCGAGAAGCGCAAUGCCUAUGAACAGGUGAACAAGAAGCGCAUAGCUCGGAAUGUUCGUGGGAAGGAAACGGAAGUGGAAGCUACGGAAAGGACUGAGCAGCAACCACGACGCCGGAAACAAGUUGGAUGAGUUCGUGUAAUGCAAGAUCUCUCUUUGCAUUUCGUGACUAGGACGGAAACGGAACCAAGCAGCCCGAUGGCAGUUGCGCACACUGAUGAAGUACGAACCAUAAAGAGUGGUUGAGUGAAGCAUCUUCCCGUAAACGAAACCACCCGGAAGAGAGAAUGGCGUGUUCACUUAAGUUAUAUCUUCAAAAAGUUUAUGAUUGAAUCUCGGAUUAAAUUUAAAUCGGUAAUAAUUAUAUAUGUUGUAAUAAAUAUGUAUCGUAUUUAAUAUUUUUUUUAUUUAGCUACAAUAAUGCAAGUAAUGACACGCGGGAAAAUCUCAUCUCAGUUUAAGCACAUGGAGCUCAACUAAAUCACGUUGAGCUGUAUGCUUGUUUAGAUUGAAAGGAUUUUUCCGUUCGUUUUUACUUGUAUUAUUGUAUCUGAUUCAAUUUAUUAAUCAAUUGUUCAAUAGUACAAGCAUAACAGAACCGUAAAACGUAUUGUUAUUACAACUGU